AUGUCUCAUCACGCGACCGCUUCAACAACGACAGCCACAAACAUUAUCGGAGCUUCAUCAUCGUUGUCAUCUUCGUUAGGAGGCGAUCAUAACUUGUCCCAACAAGCAACAAUCCUCAAUAACAACAACGGAAGCAAUUCCGGUCAUUCGUUUAGUUCUGUAUUAGCUCCUCCUAACGGCACGCAAAAUACGAACCUCACUAAUUAUCACCUAAAUAGCCAACAAAACAAUAGUAGUAGUAACGGAUCACUGCCAAGCAAAUCAAAUUUAUCAGCCGCAAGUAAUAAUCACGGUUUUACAAACAAUAAUAAUACCAUGCUGACGAGUACAAGUAACGUUUAUCAUCACUGUUUGAAUCCGGCAUCAAAUCCGAGAAUUUCCUCACCACCACCACAAGUUCCAUCAUCGGGAUUGAGUCAUCAAUCUCCCACUAGUAUGAACUCACCUCCCAUUCAACUCAACAACAACAACACUGGCCACAUUCAAAACGGUGGUCCAGCAAUUUCUUGCAAUAAUAAUAAUACUAGUGGAGUGAUCACGGGGUCCACCUAUUCGUUGAAUCACAAUACUAACCACCAAGUAUCAGUCAACAACAGCAAUGGUCUGCCAAGUAAUUUCAGCACACCCAUGGGCAACUCUGUGUUCGGAACAACCAACCACCACCCCUCACCCUCACCCUCUCCUCCUUCUCAUCAUCAUUUCACUCCGAAUAAUGCCAGCAACAAUAAUAUCACUAAUGGUGGUAGCAUGAUGAUGAGUGGAGCAGGACACUCUCAGUAUUAUCAAUCUGUUCCAAAUCCUCAACAUUUAAUAACAGUGAAUGGUGGUAAUACUACUAGCACCUCUCAUCCAAUUGCUACCAUGUUAUCCAACCAAAACCUUCCCAACCUAGGCCACUCGGAACAACCACACUCCUCCUCUCCAGCCUCAUCAAGCUCUCAUCACCAUUCCCCCCAGAAUCAUCAUGGGGGUGAUGCCACUACAUUUCCGUUUAGUGGCACUGGGGGAGGCGUCAACCCAAGCCUCAACACCUCAUCACCGCUGCACACCCUACACCAUCAAAUGGCAUCAUCUGCAUUUCCGAAUACUGCUGCUGGUGCCAAUCAACAACAAAUUACAACAUCGUCAAUUCCCUCACCUCUUGCUUCUUCCUCCUUAAACUCUCCUCACCACCACUCUCAAUACCAUCAUCAAGUUAACAACAUGCAAGGAUCAGUGGCAGCAACUCCUUCAAACAACAACAACAAUACCAUGAUGACCCUAUCUCCUUCAAACAAUAGUGUUACAUCGGUUGGUAUUGUCUCUAGAGGUCACCAUUACCACACUUCCGAUCACACACUUCUCCAUGUUGCAGACGGUAAUGCACACCAAAAACUACUGAAUACCUCUCCCUCCUACAACGGUGGUGGUGGUGUAAAUAUUUCCACUACGACCACAUCAUCGAUAAAUCAUUUCAACAAUAUCAGCAACAAUAUUACUGAAAGCAGCCAUUCUACAAUACAGAUGCAACGAGAUAGUCCAAGUACUUCUACCGUUGACUAUUCUGUGGAUGAUGAACAAAGUCGUCCAAUAAUGGGUCAUCCUUCGGAGUUAUCGUCACCCAAAGAUCAACCUUCCAACAAUGAUCAUACGCUAAAAUUUUCACAAGAAAGUUUCCCAUACAUUUGGAAAGUGGACGAGUUUAAGAGAAGCGUUUUUUACGACUUUGUACAUGAUUAUGAGCUUAAGAGAGCAAGAGUUUAUCUAUUGAAACAUUUCCCUUAUUAUGACCCUCGAUUAAUUGAGUUCAAUUGUAAACUAUUUGGCGUGCAGGAAGACCAAUCUAGCAGAGAUAGGAAUUACGAUUUACAAAAAAUUCUGUUAGCAUUUGAUGAGAUUCAAUUCAUGUUGUAUCUUCAUGUUGGAAGAAAAAGAGAUGCCCUAGGUAUAAUCACAUCAAUGAUCAAUUGUGGACUGAUAUGCGAGACAACUAGCAAUGAAAGCACUACUACAAAUUCUCUGCUUCACAAGUACAACAGCUUACUUUUUGACCAUUCUAACAAUGUUGCUGAGAAAUUCAUUCCCGAAGAAUCUAUUACAAAACUCAAAGAAUUAACAGAACAAUUUUUCAACAAGUAUGGAGUUGAGGAAGAGCACGACUAUACACCUCUUAGUAUUAAAAUGCAAUCAUUGGAACAAAAGCGCAAACUAGAACAAGAAAGCGAGGACGAGAGUGGUGAUGACGAUUCCGACUGUAGCAUCUACAUUCUUUCUGAAUCUGAGGAUGAGAAAACACCUCGCCUUCGUUACUAUAAUAAUUGUUAUCAAAACUAUAUUCCAGAAAUUUACUAUCAGCCAACCAACAAUUCCUCUCCUGUUUCAAAUGUUGGUGUUACUGAAAGUGCAUGCUUUGAAAUGGGUGGAAUGUCUAAACAUGGCACUCUAAUGACAGACUCCUCUUUUUCGCCUUCCAUCAUUGGGGAAUUAUCCAAAAAGAAGAAGAAAAAGAAGACUUCCUCAGCAAUUUCUUCUUCUUCCUCUAAAGAUAGUGACAGAACAGGUAGCAGUAGUGACUCACAAGAAGAUGACGAUUAUAUGCCAUCCAUCAAUGGAGGUAUUUCAAAGAAAGCCAAACUGAAAAAGAAACGCAGAAGUAAUGCAAAACGUGCAUGCUAUCAUUGCAGAAGAUCUCAUUUGAGGUGUGACAAUUUGAGACCUUGUUCUAGGUGUACUGCUCGUGGCUUGGAUUGUUACGACAUGGAGCAAUGA